GGAGGUGGGAGGAGGCGGCGUUUCCGGCCGCGGUCGCUGUCCAGGGAGGCUGAGGCAAGAGGGAGCUGUCCGGGUGGGGAGCCAGCACUUCCUUCUUUCUCUUUCUCCUCCUCUGCGUGAGGGGAGAGAAGGUUUGGGGCCCCCGAGCCCAUGGACCGGGAGGAGGCGGAGGCCGCCGAGAGCCGGCACCCCUCUGUGUGGCCCUGAGCCCCGUGUACUGGUUCUGCCUCUCUGGAAGGCCAUGGAGAAGUGGCUGGGAGUCAAGCCAAGUCCUGCUUCCUGGAUUUUGCCAGGAUAUUGUUGGCAGACAUCAGUGAAGCCGCUGAGAAGCCUGUACCUGUUUUACACUUUCUUCUGUCUCAGCGCUCUGUGGUUGUCAACAGAUGCUAAUGAGAGCAGAUGCCAUCAGGGGAAGACACUUUAUGGAGUUGGCUUGAGAGCUGGGGGAGAAAAUCACCUUUGGCUUCUUAAAGGAAGCCUGUCUUUCCAAGCCUGUUGGGCUGCCUGCUGCCAGGACUCUGCCUGUCAUGCUCUUUGGUGGCUGGAAGGGAUGUGCUUUCAGGCCGACUGCAGCAAGCCCCAGAGCUGCCAGCUUUUUAGGACAGACUCUUCCAAUUCCAUGCUGAUAUUUUUUCAAAAAUCCCAAACUGCAAAUGACUUGGACCUUCUGCCUGAAGAUGAUGAGCCACAUCUUCUGAGGCUAGGCUGGGGCAGGACAUCUUGGAGGAGGCAGGGCCUCGCCAGGGCUCCUCUCACCCUUGCUGUGUCCUCUGAUGAACAUCAGAGCCUAACCAGGGCUCGGCAGAAGAGAGACCAGCUCAGUGAGGCAGCUCCACUUGGAGCGGAGCAGCAUUCUAAACUGAAUCGCUCGGAGGAAGGUGCUGUGAGUCCCAGCGCCUCUGUGGAGGUCCACAAAGCCACCACAGUUCCCAGCCCCUUCACCACUGACCACACUACACAGACUCCUGAUUGGCUGAAGAAUGUGUCCGUCCAUCCUGAACCAUCAGAGCAUUCCAGUCCUAUGUCCAGUACUCAGCAAGCAAAAAGCACUGAGCACAGUUCACCUGACUCCCCUCUUCCAGUGGCCCCCUCCUACAGCUAUGCUACCCCUACGCCCCAGGCCUCUUCCCAAAGCACCUCAGCACCACAACCAGUUGUAAAGGAGCUGGUGGUGUCUGCUGGGAAGAGUGUCCAGAUCACCCUGCCUAAGAAUGAAGUUCAGUUAAACGCCUACGUUCUUCCAGAACCAGAAGAAGGAGAAACCUACACCUACGACUGGCAACUGAUUACUCAUCCUAGAGACUACAGUGGAGAGAUGGAAAGGAAACACUCCCAGAUCCUCCAACUGUCCAAGCUGACUCCAGGCCUGUAUGAAUUCAAGGUGAUUGUGGAUGGUCAGAAUGCCCAUGGGGAAGGCUACGUGAACGUAACAGUGAAGCCAGAGCCCCGUAAGAAUCAGCCUCCUGUUGCCAUUGUGUCACCCAGGUUCCAGGAGAUCUCGCUGCCAACAACUUCAACCAUCAUCGAUGGCAGUCAGAGCACUGACGACGAUAAAAUUGUCCAGUACCACUGGGAGGAGCUCAAGGGGCCUCUGAGAGAAGUAAAGAUCUCUGAAGACACAGCCAUACUAAAACUAAGUAAGCUCAUCCCCGGGAACUACACUUUCAGCCUGACUGUCGUCGACUCUGACGGGGCUACCAACUCCACCACUGCAAGCCUGACAGUGAACAAAGCUGUGGAUUACCCUCCUGUGGCCAACGCAGGCCCCAACCAAGUGAUCACCCUGCCCCAGAACUCCAUCACCCUCUCUGGAAACCAGAGUACUGACGACCAUGGCAUCACUAGCUACGAGUGGUCACUCAGCCCAAGCAGUGAAGGGAAGGUGGUGGAGAUGCAGGGAGUUAGAACGCCAACCCUGCAGCUGUCCGCAAUGCAAGAAGGAGACUAUACCUACCAGCUCACAGUGACUGACACAAUAGGGCAGCAGGCAACCGCUCAAGUGACUGUGAUUGUACAGCCUGAGAACAACAAGCCUCCUCAGGCAGACGCAGGCCCAGACAAAGAGCUGACCUUGCCUGUGGACAGCACCACCCUGGAUGGCAGCAAGAGCACAGAUGACCAGAGAAUCAUCUCCUAUCUUUGGGAGAAGACCCAGGGGCCUGACGGGGUGCAGCUGGAGAAUGUCAACAGCAGCAUUGCCACCGUGACUGGGCUGCAAGUGGGGACCUAUGUGUUCACCUUGACUGUCAGAGACGAGAGGAACCUGCAGAGCCAGAGCUCUGUGAACGUCAUUGUCAAAGAAGAAAUCAACAAGCCGCCAGUAGCCAAGAUCACUGGGAACGUGGUGGUCACCCUGCCCACAAGCACCGCAGAGCUGGAUGGCUCCAGGUCCUCGGAUGACAAAGGGAUAGUCAGCUACCUGUGGACUCGAGAUGAGGCGAGCCCAGCUGCAGGGGAGGUGCUGAAUCACUCUGACCAUCACCCUGUCCUCUUCCUCUCCAACCUGGUUGAGGGGACCUAUACGUUUCACCUGAAAGUGACCGAUGCUAAGGGUGAGAGUGCCACAGACCGGAGCACCGUGGAAGUGAGACCUGACCCCAGGAAAAGCAACCUGGUGGAGAUCAUCUUGGAUGUGAACGUCAGCCAGCUGACAGAGAGGCUGAAGGGGAUGUUCAUCCGCCAGAUUGGGGUCCUUCUGGGGGUGCUGGAUUCUGACAUCAUUGUGCAAAAGAUUCAGCCAUACACGGAGCAGAGCACCAAGAUGUUAUUUUUUGUUCAGAAUGAGCCUCCCCACCAACUCUUCAAAGGCCACGAGGUGGCAGCCAUGCUCAAGAGUGAACUCCGGAAGCAGAAGGCUGACUUCCUGAUAUUCAGAGCCCUGGAAAUCAACACUGUCACAUGUCAGCUGAACUGUUCCGACCAUGGCCACUGUGACUCGUUCACCAAGCGCUGUAUCUGCGACCCAUUUUGGAUGGAGAAUUUCAUCAAGGUGCAGCUCAGGGAUGGAGACAGCAACUGCGAAUGGAGUGUACUGUACGUGAUUAUUGCGACCUUUGUUAUUGUUGUUGCCUUGGGAAUCCUGUCUUGGACUACUAUCUGUUGUUGCAAGAGGCAAAAAGGAAAACCCAAGAGGAAAAGCAGAUACAAGAUCCUGGAUGCCACCGAUCAGGAAAGCCUGGAGCUGAAGCCGACCUCCCGAGCAGGGGACAUCCAUCCUGUUCGUCUCCAACCUGUUCUCAUCAGGUUCUGCUGCUUCAUGUUCAGAAAGUUUAUUUCUCACCCCAUUUACCCUUCCGAAAUCACACUCACAGGCAGCAAACAGAAAGGCCCCAUGCUGAGCAGCAGCCUGAUGCACUCUGAGUCGGAGCUGGACAGCGACGAUGCCAUCUUCACAUGGCCAGACCGGGAGAAAGGCAAGCUCCUGCAUGGUCAGAAUGGAUCGGUGCCAAAUGGGCAAACGCCAUUGAAGACCAGGAGCCCACGGGAGGAGAUCUUAUAGAUCUUUGGUCUGUCUCAUCAAACUGGGCCUCAGCGCCAGGGAGCACCUCUAGGCUGGUUCCUGACCUUCUGGAUCUGGGGGCAGCUGCUCUCCCAGCAUGUGCUGGUCACUCCAUCCCAACAGCCCCUUCAGAACUGCUGGUACUUGAAUCCACAUACUUUAUAGGAAUCCCUGAAUGAAGCUGUGAAUGGAAAAGGUUUCCUCUAUACCCUUAUGUGGUAGGCCCCCCUCAAAUAUCCUCAUCUCAGGGCCUUUUUGCACACACCUCCACCACCCACCACCCCCCCCCCCCGCCUGAGAGCAGUGCAGCCGAACCCAGAACCGAGUGCCACCAGCCUAGCCCUCAGCAUAGUCUUUGUUUCUCUGGGACAGUGUGCCCUGCCUUCCCCAGGCUGAGAGAAAUCCCUGCCCACUACUGAUGCUGCCUGGCCCCUCAGCUCGAGAGCUGGCUUGUGUACUGACUGUAUCAGGGAUGUAGGGGCUGCUGGGCAUGACCAGCACCUGCUUCCAGGCUCAGGCCACCCCUCAUUCUCCCAGAGCAGAUAGCCACAGAUAGACUGGAAGUCUGUGGCAUUUGAGUGCAUGUGUGUGACUGCCCCACUGUGAUCCCUUCCAUGUCCCUCAACCCAUGUCUUUUCUGUGUCCUUUGCACGCGUGAGUGCUUGAGUGUAUGUGCACCUACCUGUUCCUUAUAGGUGUCUCUUGGCUGCUCUCAAAGCAACUCUAACUUGGAGACUUUCAGCUCCUUGGAAGACUAUUAACCCCUCUGGCCCUGUCACCAGUUUCUCAGCCAUGGUGUCAGGCAGUUGAGGAAUUGGAGUUUCAGGGAGAGUGACUUUUUAAAAAGGACUUACAAUUUCUACUACUGCACUAUCUGUUGUGAGAUAAUUAAACAUGCUAUUUAAUUGUGA